UAACCGUCUUCUAUUUCCCCUCCCUCGCCAUUACUUCGUCGUUCCUUCCUCCUCCUCUCUCGCAAUCGCCGCCCUUUCCACUGCCACCGGGGACCCCAUGUACUCCGUAGACUCUCGCCGUUUUGACUUCACCCCUCUUAUAGACUUCCUUUCCUCCUCUACAUCCAUAACCGAGGAAGCUGAACCAGAUGCAUCGCCUCUGAUGGAGCUCUCCCCUGAGGAGCUCUGCCUUGCAGAGUCCUACCGUUCCGUCCCUGCUGUUCUGUGGCAUUCCCUUCUCAAAUCUCUCGCCUCCGAACCAGCUUCUCUCUCCACUGCCACCGCACUUGUUCCAUGGCUUCUCCGCCACCGCCUCUGUUUCUCCUCCGAUCUCCUUUAUUCUAUCCUCAUACAUUCCCUGGGUCGCCACCGCCGCCUCCAACUUGCUCUCUCCCUCUCAUCUUCUUCUUCGCUUUCUCCUCUCUCUCUGAACGCCCUCAUAUCCGCCUCCGCCAUGAACUCUCGCCCCGACCUUGCUCUUCGCCUCCUUGCUCUCAUGCGCCGCCGCGGCCUCUUACCUGACCAGCAGAACUACACUCUCAUUCUCCAAUCGCUCCUCCAUUCUACUGACCCUCCCGACCCCUCCCUCCUUUUUCUCCUCUCCUCUGACAUCCGUUCCAUCCGCCUCGAGCCCGACGCCCGCCUCCUCUCUGAUCUCAUAGUGGCCUUCUCCCGCGCUGCCGACCCUGACACUGCCCUUUCCUUACUCGCCCAAACACAGGCUCAGGGGAUCACCCCCAAAUCUUCUGCUGCUGUCGAGCUUAUAUCCGUGCUCGGCAACUCUGGCCGCGUUGAUGAGGCAGAGGCCAUAUUCGCAGAGCUCCGCCACUGGGGCCUUCAACCCCGCACCCGUGCUUACAAUGCUCUCCUCAAAGGUUAUGUUAAAACUGGCGCUCUUAAAGAUGCAGAGCAGCUGCUUGACGAAAUGGAACGCUGCAGCGUGGCACCUGACGAGUGCACUUAUAGCCUCUUGAUUGAUGCCUACACCAAUGCUGGCCGGUGGGAGAGCGCCAGGAUCUUGAUUAAGGAGAUGGAGAUGAAUGAUGUCCUGCCUAAUUCUUACGUGUUUAGUAGGAUAUUAGCGAGUUUCCGGGAUAAGGGUGAGUGGCAGAGGUCUUUUGCUGUGCUGAGAGAGAUGAGGAACAAUGGCAUCCAACCAGAUCGUCAUUUCUACAAUGUGAUGAUAGAUGCUUUUGGAAAGCAUAACUGUCUUCAUCACGCCAUGGAUGCUUUUUAUCAGAUGAGGGCUGAUGGCAUCGUGCCUGACGUUGUCACGUGGAACACACUUAUUGAUGCACAUUCAAAGGCUGGUAGGCAUGACGAAGCCAUGAAGCUGUUUGAGGAAAUGCAAAUGAGUGGGUUGGUGCCGUGCACAACAACCUAUAACAUAGUGAUUAAUUCGUUGGGUGUGCAGGAGAGGUGGGAGAAAAUGAAGGAGCUCUUUGGAAAGAUGAGGGAAGAGGGAUUACUGCCAAAUGUAGUGACCUACACUACACUUGUUGAUGUUUAUGGGAAAUCCGGAAGGUUUGAGGAUGCCAUCGAGUGUUUGGAGAUGAUGAAGUCCGGAGGGAUGAGACCUCCGUCAACCAUGUAUCAUGCUCUGGUGAAUGCAUAUGCCCAGAAGGGUUUGUCCGACAAGGCGAUACAUGCUUUCAGAGUCAUGAGAGCGGAUGGUAUCAAACCUAGUCUUUUAGUUCUUAACUCAUUGAUUAAUGCAUUUGGGGAAGACAGAAGAGAUGCUGAUGCCUUCUCUGUAUUGCGAUUUAUGAAGCUGCAUGAUAUACAGCCUGAUGUUGUAACAUAUACGACUCUAAUGAAAGCUCUCAUUCGUGUCGAGAAGCUUGACAAGGUUCCAUCUGUUUAUGAAGAAAUGAUUUUGUCCGGCAUCACACCUGAUAGGAAAGCUAGAGCCAUGCUGCGUUCAGCCCUCAAGUACAUGAAGCAGGCACUU